CGUGUAAUCCGAAAGAUCAUACUAAAAUCUUUUCAGACGGAAAGAAACGAUUUAACGUUUAUCAUUCGUUAGUGACUAAUUAACAGUGAAUUCUAAAAUAUAGUUACGUUCAUUUGUAAUGCAACUCUAUAGAACGGUGUAACUAAAUAUGUGAUCAUCAUCGUCCACGUUCGACUAUAACGAGAAACUCGCCAUCUUAGUCAAUCUUAAGCCUGCGAACCGUGUCGAGUCGAAAUCUCUAUGGAACUUUUCUCUUGCGCUUUCGACCGUUUCGAUACGGUUUUCAGGUAACAAAAAAAAAAAAAAGGAAAAGAAAAGAAAAGAAAAUACUCGGACAAAAAAAAAAAAGAUACGUAGAGAGUAUUAUCCUCGUGUUAACAGCUAUUGUCUAACGUUCGCGUUGAUAUCGCGACCAGGCGAAUGGAAUUAAUUUCAUUUCUGUGUCUACGUUCGUCGUUGUGUAUCACCAGUAAUAAUUCUUCUUUACCGAAGAGCGAACGGAAAAAAAACUUUGGAUAAUCUCAAUCUUGACGGACGUUUAACGUUCUAAAAGUCUACGUUCAUCGAUACGUUAUCGUUGUAUAUCGAACAAAAAAAAAAGAAGAAGAAGAAGAAGAAGAAAAGAAGAAAAGAAAGAAAAGGAAAAAAAGAAAACAACAACGAAGAGAUCGUGAUAUUCUCUACAAUAGUGGGAUGAUACAUUGAGAGUGGAGGAGGAUUCCUGCAUGGACCGUUCUCAAGAAAUGAUCUCGUUGAAGUAUGUAAGAAAAAAAAAGGGGGAUUACAUAUAAGACGUGACCAAUCCCCUCAAUGAUCGCCCUUUACCUUCGGAAAGCUUCCCACUGACCAAGUAACGUUUUCAUUGUCACAUCCCCAAGUUGAUUCUUACCAAAGGACAGGAAAAAGGCGGUAUAUUCUGUUUCGUACAAAACCGGCAGGCCAUUCAUAUCGUUGCACCCUCUCGACAUUGCAGGAACGUUAGAUUGCGUGUAACCCAGCCUAUAGGAAGUCGACUAUGAGAAGGGGUAUCGCGCAAGCGUGUUUCUAUCAUCCACCCCCUUGAACGAAGAGAAAGAGGGUGGGAAGGCAAAGCUUAACCCUCAGUGAGAAUUUAAACGCGAGAUCGCGCGGACAGUAAAGUCCAAUCCCGUGAUUAAAACUAUCAUGGGAAAACACGUAUAAAAUAUAUAUAUCUAUACAUAUAAUAAUAUAAUAUAAUAUAAUAUAUAUUUUUCUAUAUCCUAACAAUAAAAAUAAUUCAAUGAUUUUAACAUAAUUUAAACGUAAUCAUGAAAUUAAUAAUACAUUAAAACAUUCAAUGGUGACAAUAUUUUUCGUCGUUAACCGUGACCAUUCUACUUCUUCUUCUGCUGCUUCUUCUACAUCUUCUUCUUCUUCUUCUUUGCGAGAAUAACGAAGAACAGAGUCCGGUCGUUAUAGAUAAAAAAAAAUCUAUCUUUUUUAUACGAACGAAUAGGUAAGGUCCGAAGAGAAUCCGACAUUACCGAUGGGUAGAACACAUAUGUCAAAAACGCUGAACGCUUAUAGAAUCAAAAAAAUAGAAACUAUUGGCAGGAUGACGGCCAUGACGCAGGAAGAAAUAAUAGCUGGGGCACGUACAGUGGCCCAGGGAUUGGAGGCUCUGCGCGUAGAACACAGUGGUCUCUUACAGGGAUUACAAUCACAGGAUGCACCAGCUGCGCGAGAUAAAGCCAAUCUGUUAUCGAAGAACAUUGAAAUGAUAGAAUUGGGUUUAGGAGAAGCUCAAGUGAUGAUGGCAUUAGCGAGUCAUCUGCAAAUGGUAGAAGCAGAGAAACAAAAACUUAGGACUCAAGUUAGAAGAUUGUGUCAAGAGAACGCAUGGCUGAGAGACGAAUUGGCAGGAACGCAACAAAAGUUACAAGCUAGCGAACAAGCGGUUGCUCAACUGGAAGAGGAAAAGAAACAUUUGGAAUUUAUGACCAGUAUGAGACAAUAUGAUCCUGAUCCUUCUGCGGAUGAUGAAAAUGCUAAAGAUAGGCCAAAAGAUGAUCCCGUAGUUGAUUUGUUUCCUGAUGAUGAUGCUGAUGACCGAAACACAAUAUCACCUACACCGCCAUCACAAUUCGCACAGCAAGUCAAUGCUGGAUAUGAAAUACCAGCACGCUUGCGUACUUUGCACAAUUUGGUAAUACAAUACGCGAGUCAAGGACGUUAUGAAGUAGCUGUACCUUUAUGCAAACAAGCAUUGGAAGAUUUAGAAAAAACUUCCGGUCAUGAUCAUCCCGAUGUCGCAACGAUGUUAAAUAUCUUAGCAUUGGUAUAUCGAGAUCAAAAUAAAUAUAAGGAAGCAGCUAACCUUUUAAACGAUGCUUUAGCUAUAAGAGAGAAAACGCUUGGUGAAAAUCACCCUGCGGUUGCAGCAACCUUAAAUAACCUUGCAGUUUUAUAUGGAAAGCGAGGAAAAUACAAUGAAGCAGAACCAUUGUGUAAGAGAGCCCUUGCAAUUCGAGAAAAAGUUCUUGGAUAUGAACAUCCAGAUGUAGCUAAACAAUUAAACAAUCUUGCGCUACUAUGUCAAAACCAAGGAAAAUAUGAAGAAGUAGAACGUUAUUAUCAGCGAGCUUUAGAAAUAUAUGAAGCAAAACUUGGUCCGGAUGAUCCUAAUGUAGCCAAAACGAAAAAUAAUCUUGCUUCUUGUUACUUGAAACAAGGCAAAUAUAAGGGUGCCGAAAUUCUAUAUAAACAAGUAUUGACUAGAGCACAUGAGAAAGAAUUUGGUGCUAUUGAUGAAGAUAACAAACCUAUUUGGCAGGUUGCGGAAGAACGAGAAGAAAAUAAACAUAAAAAUAAAGAAAAUACUCCUUAUGGCGAAUACGGUGGUUGGCAUAAAGCGGCUAAGGUCGAUUCCCCAACGGUUACGACUACUUUGAAAAAUCUUAGUUCCCUAUAUAGAAGACUAGGCAAAUACGAGGCUGCAGAAACUCUUGAAGACUGUGCCUUCAGAUCAAGAAAAGAGCAUGUACAGCAGGCAUUAGAUCUAGUGAAACAAGCUAAGGUGGCUCAAAUAUUAGGAGAUGAAAAAGGAACUACUAGACGUGGAUCACGAUCGAGUUUGGCUAAUAGCGAACACGAACAACACGACGAGGGUUCGCUGCCACUGGUGCAAAGGGCGCUACAUGAAGGACAAUCUGGCCACCACGACGCUAGUCCUAACAAACCCGGUUUUAAAAACAAGAUCUUUCAAGCUUUCGGGAUUCAUUCUUCCACGUAGGAUAAUUGUCCGUUUGUAGUAUCGCUUGUCACUGAUUUUUCCCUAUAUGUACGCAGAUUUUAAACUACUGCUGAAUAUCUAUAUUCUUAGGAAAGGAGGGCAAUUGAAUAUUAAGGGGAUCCUUAUUUUAGGUAUCCUUAAACUUCACACAAUUAUCACGUUGUGUUCUAAAACGCUGAAAAAUACUAUAAUCGUGCGAUAUGUGUCUCGUAGAGUUGGUCUUUUUAGGGACAUGUACAACUGGCUGUACACAUGUGUUUCUCUUUGUUUCUCGGCACUGAAUAUAAUUUCAUUGCACUUGCAUAAUUUCGAGAAGAGAAACGUCAGUACCUUUUCUUCUAUAAUCUGCAAUGUAUUAUCAAAAUACAGUGCAAUCAAUUUUCAUCGUUCACAUCCGAUAUACAUUGUAGAAAACAAUGAAGCGUUAUUAAUCACUUCCAAUCUUUAACUGUGAUAACGUCUUGUGUUUAUUUUUUUAACGUAAAUAUGAGAAGAUCAUAAAUAACGUUUUAAAAAGAUAUUUUCAAUCGAAGGCGCUUGAUAUGAUAUAAUAUAUAUUUGAUUAUUUUAAAUUAUGUGUCUUAUAGAAAUACAUUACUAUAAAUUUUACGCUUGUAUUCGAUCGCGAGAAUAUUGUAGUAUCGAUAAUUAUUUGAACUGCCUAUUCUCGUAAAAAGUUACGUUAAAUGUCACGUUUCGCUGUCUUAUGCUUCCUUAAUGGAAAAAUUUAGAACUUCUAUUUUAAUGUACUAUUAAUUUUUAUUAACUUCUAUUAAGAAUAAUUUUAUCGAUAAGAGAUUUUAAAUUAUUUGUUACGCAUUAUAACUUGAUUAUCUCUGUGAAACCAAAAGUGGUGUGCGAUGGUGCACACAUGUGGUGAAGAUAGAAGUUUUUAGUAACAGCUUUGCUCAACUAUAUAGCUUGGUAUAGAUUAGCAAAGAUAAUUUAUGAAAAUUAGAAAAUACGAACCAAAUGAAGUUUAUGGAUUUUUACAAAUAAUUUUAUAUUUAUUCGUUUUAUACUUUGAUCAAUUUCAUCUUAAUUUCGAAUUUAGGUAUUCCAUUACAUUUGGAAACGGUUGGUUCUUCCCUAGACUCUGAAUUCUUCAGGAAACUAUUUUUAAAUCUUCAUACGAUAACGUUGCAAUUUCAUUUACGAGUUUCACCUAUUGACAUCGUCACAAUUGUAUUUUGUUAACUAUCUUGUGAUAUAAGGUGUCUCGAAAUUAUUUUUGUAUUCCCGUGUAUUUAAGAUAUUAAUUUAUAUGUAUGAUAUGAGGAAAAUAUUUUGUGCAAUCUAUUAAUUUAACUAUAUAUUUUUCAUUCGUAUAAUAAUUUAGUUGAAAAUUUGUCUUGCCUAUAGUUUUUAAAGAUCUCAGGAGAAUACACGAAAAGAACUAUUUCUUCCAAUUGUUAUCUGUUCGAGACACCAUAUACCGAGUUCUGGUGAAUGAUAUCGAUAUGAUAAUAUCUUAUACUAUCUUUUUACUUUCCUAUAGGUAGGAUGAAACGCUGUAUUAUAAAUUAAUUCUUAGUACUUUUCUUUAAUUUAUCACUUACAAACACGAGUAAUAAGUAAAAGUAGUGCCUUGAUACUUUAAUAAAUAAAAAAAUAAAUUAUUUUCUAACAGAGUAAUUUAAUUGUUAUUUGACUGACAUCGUAUAAUAUUUAAUGGCUCUAAUAGAGCAUAUUAAUAUGCAUAGGAAUGUUAUAAAGAAAAGUAUAACUACACUCUGAAUGGUGUUAUCAAUAUUUGAGUUACAUGCAUUCUGUUUCUGUUUUGUAUGAAGCUAUACAAAGGAACACUUCUUGUAUGAAAACUUUUUGUAUUAUGAUAACUAAAUCUUGCAUUAAUUUUCCUCGCACGCAUUUGUGUUUAACCACACUGUUCUACUAUUUUGGAAUAUCUGCGUUGUUGUUUUGUUUCGCUUUGAUUUGAGUACUGCAGGCCAGAACUUAGGUAUGGAUUGCACUGGAAUAUGUGACCCCUGGACAUCGGAGAAAAGAUAUCGUGGCAUGACAAAACAGGAUCAGAAGUACUCAGUUCGUGCUCAAUAAAGAACAUGGUUUAAGAGAACUGAAGUGAUAAAUAUGAAGCGAUUAUAAGGGCUCUCCAAUGUUUUUACCAAACAUUGACUGAUGUCCUAUGUCUGGGUCGUUUACAUAUACGGCACAUUCCAGCUGCUUUUAAUGAGAUGCACUAUGUGAAGUUUAUUUUAUUCAAACGUUAGCUUUACAUUAGCAAUCGAUUAUUUGUUAUAGCAGUUUCAAGGUAAAUCGAUCUACUUCGCUUAACAAUUAUCUGAAUCAAAAUGCAAGCUGUAAUGUUGGCAUACAAAAAUAAGUUUUACUUUCCAUGCAAAAUCAAAGAAAAUAUUGACAAUGAUACUGGCCAAAUCCAAACUUUUCACAAAUUUAAUAAAAUUAUAAAAUAAUAAUGAACGUUACAAUUAGUAUUGGGUUUCUAUACAUUUUUGAUAGUUGUAUGCACACAUAUCUUACAUUAUUCAUACAUGCCCUAUAUGACAUUGCAUAAUCAUUCCAUAAACUAGCUUCAAUUCAAAGCGAAUCAGUGCUUUAGGGAAUGUUUGUAUGUCGCUUGAAAGUUGAAAUACAUAUAGCAUUACACUAUGCACGUAGAAUUAUGUGAGCAUACUGUCAAUGUAGUUAAGGCUAUCAAAGUGUAUAUUUAAAAAAAGAAACAAUGCCAGAGCAUUUUGAAACGUUGCAAAUUUAACAUCUGUAUUAACUGAAUUGGCACAACAAUAUAUACAACUUUUAAAAUAAACAGAUUUUCAGUUGUUUGCAUAUAUAUGUAUAUAUAUACAUGCAUAUAUUCGCAAUACUUAAUUUAUAUAUUGUCAUGUUUUCUGUAUUAUAUUAUGUAUCGGGAAUAAAACUACAUUUACUUUAACGUCGUUUCAUCUUCAUAUUGAACUAUAUAUUUAUAUUUCAAGCCACCAACUUUGUGAUAGGCUGUGAGUGGCAUAUUAUUUUUAAGUUUAAGAGAGAAGUAUGAAGAACUUUUGAAUCCGUCACAUCCAUCUAUACCAUAGAAAUGUGGUAAUCAAAAUAUGUGAUUGUGCAAGUAAUAUUGCUGCAUUAAUCGUUAAUUGUAAUCCUUGUUUUGUUUAUGAGAUUAUGAUCAUCCCAUUAUAUGCAGUAUGAAGCUAUUAUGAAAAAAUAUAUUGGUCUUACGAAUGUGCACUAUAUUAGAUCUGUCAUUAUUGCUUUGGUGCUUCAAAUAUUUUUAAUAUUUUAUGUAUACAAGUACAUUUUUAAUCGGAUAAUUUUAGGAGAUAUACUUGUAUAUAUUUUUAAUAUCAUUCGAUUAUAUUAUCAUCUGAAUUAAGUGAAAAUCCUUUUAUGAAAAAAUUUAUCUUGUUUCAAAAUCUAAAAGAAUUUUCUUUCUAUUAAAACAUUAUAUUUUAAUUAUAUCUACUUCAAUAUUUUAUCAUCAAUUUUAAUUUAUACGUUGUGUUUAAAUAUUAAUUUUACGUGUGCUCUCGAUACAAUUGCUCAUGCAUUUAAGACAGAUAUCAUGCGCCUGAGAGCUCGGAGGCCUAGAUUUUGAGACGUUUAAUAUGUGGUAUAUAAAUUCUAUUACAUAAGAAAAGUUACUAAUAAAGUGUUCACGUGAAAUUGUAGAGUAAUCUACAGUUUUAUCAGCACUAUAUCGUUCAAUUAACAAAUACUGCACUUCGAUAUAAAUAAAUAUAAAAAUAAUACUUUUCCUCUAUUAAAAUUGGCCAUGAAGAUAAAAACAAAAUUAAUAUAAAUAUAAAGUUGUUAUAUAAAGAAUUGCAUGGUAAAUAUGCAAAUGCUACUUCUACAAAACAUUUACAAUCGAAAAGAGUACUACAAAAAUUUAAUUUACCUAUAAAACAUAUCUGUAUUUUAUUGAAUGUUUGCAUUAUAUUGUGUUGUAAGUUUUAAUUACUUUGACUUUGUAAGAAUGUAUUCUUAUAUAUACUAAUAGCAUGUAUCGUUAAUUUGAUAAAAUUUGUUAUUUUCGUCAUACCAUAAAACGCAUUAAUAUUUUACUGCGCCUACAGAGUUAAAUCGUUGAUUGGAUUCAAUAUGCAAGAUCUAUGCUAAUACUGUUUGUUACUAUUUUGUAUUUGAGAAUGAAUGUGCGAUACAAUAGUCUACACAAGAAACUCAUAUACUUACUCGUCAGCAAGUAUAUAUAUCGUUUUAACGAGAAUACAUAUACUAACAAUACAAUAUUUUAGUAUUGUAGCUCUCAGGUGCAACUAUUGUUAUUCGAUAAUAUGUAAGUAACGAUUUAUAAUAAAUAUUACAACUUGUAUUACUACCCAUAUAAUCUAUUAAAGGAUCAAGUGCAUACCCUGUCCUAGUGAAGUCCAAUUAACGGCCGACGUACGAAAAGGAUACAACAUCGAAAACUAUGAUAAUUUUUAAAUAAUAUAACCGAUUAUAACAAACGAAUCACGUAAACUUGCUAUCAAAUUUUAAGACCUUAAGUCGAAACGCUAAUUCUCUUGCUAAAUAAAAUACAUUCGAUACGAUGAAGUACAUGAUUCAUGAAUUACAUAUAGGCAUAUGAAUCCUGAAGAAAUUUGAAAUGUUAUUACUUGUUAUCGGAUCGAAGAUGAACAAAAAAGCGAUCUAAUUUUCUUAACGAUCGAUGAUCAUCUCGGUUUUCUGGAAAAUGCAUUUUCAUAAGCGAUUUUAAGAAUUGAUAAAAGAAUUGAUUGAAGACCGCUAGUCUGAACGAAUGCUAGUCUGCUAUCGAGAAAUGAAAUUUAUUCGAAUUACUCGUUAUUAGUUCGUAUAAAUAAAAGUUCGUAUUAAAAAUAAAAAUCUUUGGUGAUAUAUAAGCGUCGAUUUUACGAAACGCGUAUUGCACGCGAUCAAUCAAAAAUUCAUAAAAACUAUAUAUUCGUUUUCAAGUAAAUGCGUAACUUUAAAAAUUAUAUUUCAUAGACAUAUUCUUGGCAGUUAAUUACAAAUAAUAUUAAUACUUAUUUUUCAAACGUAUCAUGAAUAAAAAAUAAGAGUCACACUAUUAUAUUUUAAGAUAGAACGUACACAUACGAUGAUCGAGCUUUUAUUUUCCGAUACGAUAUGUGUAAGUUGUACAUAAAGUUCUUGUAAAAAUGUAUUGUUUCUAUUGUACAAUUUAAUAUAAUAAAAUUAAAUUGCCCGAUGUAAUAGUCGAAAAA